UCGCUACAAAGCACCUCCAGUGUUAACGGUGCAGUGUGUCCCCAAGAGCGUACGUAGAACUGGCAGCCUGGAGCUUUGACAAUGCUGCCAAACAUAGACACUGAAACCAACUUCCUCUACAUUCAGGAUUCGGGAUCAGACCAAAUGUUGAUACAGAAUUCCCAGGUUAAAAUGGAGUACCCCGUUGAACCAGUGUGUGAGGAGUUGUGUCCGAUUUGUGGAGACAAAGUCUCAGGAUACCACUAUGGACUCUUAACGUGUGAAAGCUGUAAGGGCUUCUUUAAGCGCACAGUUCAGAACAAUAAACACUACACCUGUGUGGAAAACCAGAACUGUCAGAUUGACAAAACCCAGAGGAAGCGUUGUCCUUACUGUCGAUUUCAGAAGUGUCUGACUGUGGGGAUGAAGCUGGAAGCUGUGAGAGCAGAUCGUAUGCGCGGUGGCCGCAAUAAGUUUGGACCCUUGUACAAGCAAGACAGGGCGUUAAAGCAACAGAAGAAGGCUCUUGUCCAUGGCAACAGAGUUAAGCUGGAUCCCACCACGUAUAUGAUGCAAAGCCUUCCAACAGACCUGAGUGGGUCCAUCAGCAGUGAAAGCCUGCACUCAGCAUCCAGAUGCUUAUCCUUAAGUUACAACAGCCUAUCAUCACCAACAGGAGACCAGGAUGGCAGCUUGAUUGGCUCCUUGCCGGUCAAUAUGUCAAUCGCAGCUCAUGGCACCAUGGCAGGGUACCAACUAUGCAGCCCCUUCCCAAGCUGUCAUGUCAAGUCAGAGUACAUGGACCCCAGUUACUCAGGCUCCCAGGAGUCGUUGCUUGGCAACCCCUACAUUGUGGCCUACAGGCCCAGCUCAACUGCAGCCGUACCACAGUUGAUGCAGGAGUUGGUAAAGUGUGAGCCAGAUGAGGCGCAGGUCCGAGUGAAGAUCUUGAACUACCUGCAGCAAGAGCAGACCUCCAGAGGGAAACAUGAGAGGCUCAACACCUUCGGAAUCAUGUGCAAGAUGGCCGAUCAAACCUUGUUCUCCUUGGUGGAGUGGGCCAGAAGCAGUAUCUACUUCAAGGAACUGAAGGUUGACGAUCAGAUGAAACUUCUUCAGAACUGCUGGAGUGAGCUGCUAAUCAUGGACCAUAUCUACAGGCAGUUGGCUCAUGGGAAGGAAUCAAGUAUCCUUCUUGUCACUGGGCAACAGAUCGACCUUUCAACCAUCUCUUCACAAUCGGGAGCCACAUUGAAUAAUCUGGUGAACCGCACGCAGGAAUUGAUAGCCAAGCUCCGGUCCCUGCAGACAGAUCGUCACGAGUUUGUCUGCCUGAAAUUCUUGGUCCUCUUCAGCCCAGAUGUGAAGAACCUGGAAAACCGGCCCUUUGUGGAGAGUAUCCAGGAGAAGGUCAACAGGGCUCUGAUGGACUACACCAUGCGCUUCCCCCAACAAGUGGACCAGUUUGGGCAGUUACUCCUACGGCUUCCGGAGAUACGAGCCGUCAGCAUGCAAGCCGAGGAAUACCUUUAUCUCAAGCACUUGAAUGGAGACGUGCCUUGUAACAACUUGCUGAUUGAAAUGCUCCAUGCCAAGCAUGUCUGAUGGGCGAAAGAGAGCUCGACACUGCACAGAAGGUCCUUGGGCAUCCAACGGAGAACAUGUAUUGAAACAAAUUUGCACAUAGUUGCAGGCUUAAUAUUAAAUACAGCCUCCAUAUUUUUGAAUGGAGUACAAUUUCUUCUGGACUCUAUUUAUAAUGAAACCAUUGUUGUUUUGUCCCAUUGGAAAAUAUGAUCCACCACUGUACUUGAGUGGAAUACCAAGUCAAAGCAAGAAGAUUCAAGCUGGUAAAGAUGAGGGUGGAUGUCCAGUGGAUAUGUGCUACUUGCCCAGUAAUCCAUGAUCUAAUGAGUUAAAGAAAUGAGCUCAAAUGCAACCAUGCCAGUUGGGGGAACUUAGAUUGGGUAGAUUAAAUAAUAAGAAAAUUAAAAUCUAAUAAGCUGUGACCAUGAACAUAUAAGAUUGUUAUAAAAGUCCAUCUGGUUCACUAAUGUCUUUUAAGGAAGAUUGUGAUCCUUGUAUGUGACGUCAGGCCAUGGUAGUGUAGCUCAUCGAAAGUGGCUUCACAAGCCACGUGAUUCAAGGACACUGUUGCUCCACCAGCAAUGCUCACAUUCCAGGAAUAAGUAAAAGAAUUCGGCUUGAAAGGAUGAGAUGGACCACUGGUGUCCACAGGACAAGGUCGAUGUAUAUAUGAAAAUAAUUUGGUGAUGCCUCGUAUAAUUUGCAGUUUUGUCUGGCACUUGGGGGAGGUCUGGGCGAUGGAGAAGCAAAUCUAACAGCAAAAUGGAAAACUCCGUCAGGCUUGCCAGUGUCUAUGAGCGUCAAAUACUAAUAAGUCCCACCGCCAAAUUAAUGAAGAGUCUAGGUAGUUAUUGGGUGGUGCUGAGAGACUGAGGUGAGAUAGCCACUGUGUACAACACUUUUGAUGCUUCUACUUGAUCAGCACCCAUCCACCAAUCCAAAUGUUCAUUCACUCUAACACAUAGCUUUUGUGGUGCAUACCAUCCACAAAACGAGUACUCAUCUCAGUGCAUCUUAAACCCUUGACCUUGACCAACUGGAAGUACAGAGGUGUCAGGCAAAGUUGGGGGGGUGGGGGGUGGGAGGGCAUUGCCAUUUUACAAGAUCCACCCCAACCAUGCACCACCCUAACUUGGAAACGUACCGCUCAACUUUCAUGCACUGCUCACUCUUAGACAGGGACAUGAAUAUUGCAGAGAAUGGAGGGAUAUAGACCAUGUGCAGACAGAAGGGAUCAGGUGUCAUUAACUUAAUUAGUUCAGUGCAACGUCAUGGGCCAAGGGACCUGUUCCUGUGUUGUGCCGUUCUAUGUUCUAAGUUCUCUCUUUGCUGCGUCUAAAUCUGCAACUUGCUACCUAACAACACUGCAGGAGUUCCUUCACCACAAGGAGUGUAGUGGUUUAAGAAGGUGGCUCACCACCACCUUGUUGGGGGCAUUUAAGGCAAUAAAUGCUGACCUUGCUUGCAACACCUGAAUUUUUAAAAAUGUGUUCAUAGAGUUGACCAAGUCAUAGAAUCCUCAGCGGUCCUGUACAGGUAGGGUCCCCAGACUGACUGUCCCCAUCCACACUUGAAGAAGGUUCCUCUCACGAGGAAGCAGAAUAUCAGCAUAAAGCUUCUGGAAAGGAAAGGGUAGGGAAGGGUUGGCUAUAGAAAUCUCUAAAGUUACUGCAGGAUCUGGCUUUGGGAGCAGCACCAGGUUUGGAAAUCCCAGAUCCACUAGAUCAGUCGUUCUGAAGGCAAACUAGACAAUGUGGCUCAGAAUUAUAUCUGCAUUGUGUCUUGUCAUUCUGUGACUACUUAAAACUAUCAAGAAAGCCUCAAAAGUUCGAGAAAUUUGAUAACGCCAAUUAAAAACAAUACUGCAUUGUCAGGCACCCUCAUCAGGCUUUACUGUGCGAAUUUCUUGCUGUUGCCAACUCUGAGACACUCAGCUAAGAACUCAGCAGUCAGUCCUUAAAGACACACACAUUCUAGUUGCUAUAUACUGCUGAUAACUUCAAGUCUACCCCAGUGAAUCCUGAGGGCAGGGUCAAUGGGUUUACUGAGCGGGACCUCAAUCAGCUUGUUGAUAAUUGGUUUAUUAUUGUCACAUGUACUGAGAUACAGUGAAAAUCUUUUAUUUACCUGUCAUCUAGACAAUCAUUCUGUACAUAAGUACAAUGAGGUACUGCAAAAGGGAAACAAAAACAGAAUCCUGAAUAUAGUGUUCAAAAUGCAGAAUAUAGUGUUAUUGUUACAGAGAAAGUGCAGUGUAGGUAGACAAAUAAAGUGCAAGGGCCAUGACGAAGUAGAUUGAGAAAUCAAAAGUUCACGUUUAGCAUAUAAGAGGUCCAUUCAAGUGUCUUAUAACAGCAGGAUAGAAGCUGUCCUUGAGCCUGGUGGUAUGUGUUCUCAAACUUAACAUCACCCAUGGGAAGGGAUGUCCUCUCAUGUAUGUACAAAAUGGGACAGGAUAUUGAUUUUGCACAUCCACAAUCUGGAUGUCCAGUCCUUUGCAAAACUAUUGGCUGACAUCUGGGACUCUCCAAGGUAACAGGCAGAGCAUCUUUCCAGGGAGCCUGUCCAAACACAUGAGUGCUUACAUGUUGGGGAAAUCUGAGGAGCAGAUAAAACCCUUUGGCUGGUCUGCCUGUUCCUGUGGGCUAAUGGAGCAGUCAAUGAUCUAGUGGGAUAGAAUCAAUUGAUCCUCUCAUGGGAGACGCUCUGUGGCAAACUGCAAUGUGUGGCAUAAUCAGCACAGCCUGUGGCUGGGAAGUGGAGGGUGAUGAUGAUCUGUUCCCUGGUAUCACCCAUGGUGGUAGGACGAGACAGUUUGUGAUCCAGUUUUAGUUGCAAUAGCCUGAGUAAAGAGGGGUCAGUGUUGAGAGUGAACAAGGAGUAGAGCAUGCAGUGAGUGUGGAGAUUGUGAGCAGUGGUGUGGGUUUGAGUGUUGGUUUUGUGUGACUAGCUCUUUAAAUCAUGUUCUUUCUGAGUCUUCAGUAACCGUGGUAGAAUAAUUAAUGUUGUUAUACAAACCAAUGUGGUCAAAAACCUUGGCAGAGACAGGUUAUGGGUUUUGCACCACAGUUGGCACUGUUUGUGGGAGCAAGAAGCUGGAGAAAACAACGUGAAGGAACAACAAAAUCUCCUAGUGAAAUAACCAGGCAAUAUUAGUGACUGGUAUCGUCACACCCGGAAGGUGCACAAAAUUGGUUAAUGCGCGUUAAUGCAAUUUUCAACUUUGCCACACCAUUUUUUUCCUGUGCAUUAUUGGCCCAAUGUAUGUAGUAAAGUAGGUACAGGGCAAACAAGUACUGACAUAUUCAAGUCACAUUGGAUACAAAUGACGAAACAAUAAACCCGGGCUGAUUGAAGUGACUGCCUGAAUUGAAGUGCCUGUUCAAUCUUCGUUCAGCUUCUGAUGGAAGCAAACUCUGAACACAGAGCAUCGUCAAACAACCUUGCACUAAUGUAUUAAGGUAACAAAGUGUCUGAUCUUCUGACUCCCCAGUUCCCACAAAGGAAGGGUGUGAUGAACAUGCUCCACUUGCCUGGAUGAGCGCAGCUGUAGCAACAUUCAAGAAACUCCGCACCACCCAGGACGAAACGGUCUGCUUCAAUUGUGGUCCAGGAUUCAUCUCAGUGCAUUUGUCCACUAAAAUCAUUUAUGACAAGCCCUCCACCCCACUCCACUACCCUUACUAAGCAGCAGGGUAAGUCAACAAGGUGAACAUCUUCUUCAACACGUUCUUCGAUGUACUGCGGUACCACAGGACAACCUCUCCCUUGGUUAUGAAAUCUACAUAUGGAUUGCUAAAAGAACUGCAGAUGCUGGAAACCUGAAAUAAAACCAAAAUGUGCUGGAAACACUCAGCAGUUCAGGGAACAUCUGUGGAAAGAGAAGCAAAGAGAAUGGUAAAUUGGUUUAUUAUUGUCGCAUUUACAGUGAAAAACUUUGUUUUGCAUGCCGUCCAUACGGAUCAUUUCAUCACAUCAGUACAUCGAGAUAGUGCAAGGGAAAAACAAUAACUGAAUGCAGAAUAUAGUGUACAAUUACAGAGAAAGUGCAGUGCAGGAAGACAAUAAGGUGCAAGGCCAUGACAAGGUAGAUUGUGAGGUAAGGAGUCCCAUCUUAUCAUACAAGUGGUCCAUAUAGUAGUCUUAUAACAGUGGGAUAGAAACUGUUCUUGAGCCUGCUGGUACGGGCUUUCAGGCUUUUUGACUGACGGGAGGGGGAAGAAGAGAGAAUGUCUGGGGUGGGUGGGGUCUUUGAUUAUGCUGGCUGCUUUACCGAGCCAGCGAGGUGUGGACAGAGUCCAUGCAGGGGAGGCUGGCUAUCGUGAUGUGCUGAGCUGUGUCUACAACUCUCUGCAGUUUCUUGCAGUGUUGGGCAGAGCAGUUCAUAGAGUGCAUGGAGUUAUACAGCACAGAAACAGGCCCUUUGGCCCAACUGGUCCAUGUUGGUCAAGAUGCCCCAUCCAAGCUAGUCCCAUUUGCCAGCAUUUGGCCCAUAACUUCUAAACCUUUCCUAUCCAUGUACCCGUCCAACUUCUUAUAAAAUUUGUUGUUGUACCAGUUGCCAUACCAAGCCAUGAUGCAUUCGGAUUGGCUGCUUUCCAUGAGACCUUUCUGAUAACACGUUAAAUAAAAUCACUCAGAAAAUGACAGUAUGGUGAUAUCCUAACUCUCCGCAUUCAGUUCCAUUUACUACCCAGCCUUUGGAAUGCUCCAAUACAGGAAUCAUUCUCUCAGGAACCAACACGUCUUGGCUGGGUUUGGCCAUCAAUACCGAAUGGGCCAAUCUCAGCAGGAAAAGUGGUGGUGAAAUAUACAUGUGGUAAACAUAAUCCGUCACUUAAGUCAUUGCAGCACAGAGUUGAAAAGUACACUGGUAUGAGUGAGCACAGAAUCCGAUGCCUUCCACAGUUAAAGAGUGCAUUUGUCAAUUCAUUGCCUACUUGCAAACUGCCUUGCAGGCAGAUAAGCUGCAAGCACCUGAGGAAACUAUGCCCUCAAGUAGAUCAAUGCAAGCAAUGCGUGCCAGGUCAAGUGACUGUAGUGGUACAGUGGUGUGAGCUGAUUUCAUCUGCAAAGUGUCUGCAUUAUACUGAAUGAUCUCAUUUCUGGACGUUUCCAGGUCUGUACAUCAGCUGAUCUUCGAGCAGAGAUCGCUGUUUACCACGAAUUUCACCAGCAAUAUCACUAUUGUUACCUGCCAUACCCUGCUUCUGAUAUUUAAUCCCAUUGAUUGCACUGGGACCAAAUUACAGAUGAAAAGGGCAACCUGAUUGCAUGCCGAACCCUUGGAUCUGAGGAUCACCUUCUCCACCUGAUCCUCUUUUUCCUGAAAAGCCUGUGCCUAUUGAAGGGUAAAUGCAACCUUCAUGACUUGAGAUUGAGAGAUUUACAUGGGAGGUGGAGCAGGGUGAAGGUAGACAGUGGCCAUAAUGGUAUUGAAUGGCAGAACAGAUUCAAGGGGCUGAAUGGCCUCAAAUAGGUGCCUCAGUUGCACAAAAUUAACCAACAGUGAGUGAGGUUUUAUUGCUAAAGUCCAGAGUGUUGGACAUUGUUUCUUUCAGCUGUGAGGGUAAUGGAAGGUGAGAAUAGGUGUUCAUCGACACUUAAGCAAGGGAUGGCUCAGAGGGAAGGUGUGCUGCUUCCUGGGGUGCAUUCCAGACACAUCCAUUGCAAACAGUGCUACAGGAGCAAUUCACUUACAUGCGGCUGCCAACUCUGUCUGGACAUUUUCUUGUAGAGGUUGUCGCACGUCCUUCUGCCCCCAACUGCCCCACCCCCACCUUCCUGCCAUUGGUUGCCUGACCAAUUGUCUUCAUGGUGACCAAGCUUCCCACAGCCAAUAGGAAAGUGAAUAGACUCAACAUGGCCCAAUUGAAUCAUUCCUGACUCUGGGUCACAUUCUUUCCAUGUCCAAUGUUCUUAAAAAAUAAAAAAAUAUAUACUUUUUCAAUCUUUUAUUGCUCCAAUUGGCUUCCAUGGGUUUUCUUUCAUUGACGUCCUGGAGAUUACAAUUUAAUGGUGACAAGUUACUGGGCCAAGGAUAUGAGUCUAAUUAAAAAUAUCCUGCAGUUUAAUUAAAGAUAUACCAGGUGUAAACAGCUGAUCUUUGUGACCAUAAAUCUGUUGGUAAAAGUAAUACAAAACUGGCUUAUCAAGACCUUUUGAGGAAAUAAAUCUGUUGUCCCAUUGUAGUCUCUGACCUCAGUCCUGCCACAAAAUGGCUGAUUUCUCUAUCAGCAGUCAGUGGGAAGCUAUGCAGUUGGGAGAGCCAGGAAUCAACAACAAGAUGUCACAGGUAAACUCUAGAUAAAAGAUAGAUGUAAAACAAGGGCAUGCUCUCAAGUUAAACAAUCUUCUGACGUUCACUUUUUCAUGGUCAAGUAUCAAGAUAAAUUGCUCAGUUUAGGUAAUAUAGCUUCCCCUGGUGCAUGUGGAACUCUGGAGACAAAGGGAGAAAUUUCAAAAGAUAACAAUUGCUUUUUGAAUUGAAUAUAAGUAGAAACAUUUCAAGCUACUACUAAAAAUCCCUGAAUGAUUAAUUAGGAAUGCUGAGGUGCAACUUGCACUGAAACUUCAGACAAGAAUUCCAUAAAUGUUUCUCCACAUUAUUGUUGGUUUGUGUGCCUGUCAUGUGGAUGAUUAACCACUUGUUACUUGGAUGGAGAGUAAAAGGGAUAGGAUGUUGACUUUGGAAAAAUGUGUCAGAAUCAAGAAAACUCUAAUUUGUUCAACACUGUGUUGUGAACUUGCAGUUGUUUUUGAAUGAAUUGUUCGAACUGUGGUCCCACCAUGUAAGGCCUGUAAUUUGCAUUAAGGAAAAGGAAUUUAAGGUGUUGGCUCCAAUUUUGACAUUGAUUCUUUCUAUUAAUAAGUAUAUGGAUUCUGACAUGAUUUGUUUGUAAUUGUUCCAGACCUGAAUGGAAAUUCAUUCAGCAGUUGUUACCAAUGAAGGGAGAUUAACCACUUAACCCCAGCCAGUGUAGUUAACUGAUUAUACUGAUGUGGAAUUUACCAUUACAAAGGGAGUGCCCUUCAAUUCUCAGCCUCAAAAUGAAACCUCUGCAGGUUUGAGUAUUGAACACACUAUUUAGUGAAUUCAAAUUGUGAAAUCUUUAGUGUGUCACUGACAGGAAAAGAUCUGGUGUAUCCUCUCAAGUGCUUGUAAAAGAUUCUAUAACUUGUCUUCAACUUCGAAGCAGCACUACUGAAUAAAAUACACUGUCCAUUUACCUCUGUUUUGUGAAUCCUGCUGCAAAUGCAUUGUUUAAAAAGCACUUCAUCGAUUGUGAAGCACCUUGGG